CCCAUACAACUCUGUGUUUAUUCGCUUACAUUUUUUGUUGCCAAAAUUUUUGAAAUUCAUUCCAGUUGCUUGCAUUGAAAAAACAACGUAUAAAACCAGAAAUUCUUGUAGAAAAAAUAUAUAAAAAUAGUGUGACGUAUGUUUUAUGUUCUGAAAAAGUGUUUAUGUGAAAAAUAACUUAAAUAACUACUACCGUUCAAAUUUUGUCAAACAAUUAAAAACUUUUGCAAAAAAUUUCACAAUGGCGGAAUUGGAAGCACUCAGCAACAAAGAAUUAAGACAAAAAUGCAUUGAAUUUGGCAUGCCCAAUGUGCCAGUGACCGAUUCGAGUCGCAAAAUUCUUAUCAGACGUCUAGAGGCGGUAAUGUCGGGCAAACCAAUUGCCACCACGCCGGCUAAAACGAAUCGUCGAGAAACAAUGCAUGUUUCCAAACCAUCCGAAGUGGCGUCAUCACCCAAAAUAACUAUUAAUAAUAAUAAUGCGACAACAAAACCAGCGGCUGCAGCCAGUAGACCUUCACGACGCACUAUAGCGGCUACCGAAAGACAUGUUACCACCACUACCACGGUUAGUGAACCAGAAUAUUCAGAUGUUUCCCCUGAUAGGGUAGAGCUGGAACCUAUAAGAGCUAAAACUAAGACACCAGAAAAGCCAGCUGCCAAUCUUUAUCCAAAAUUGCCGGCUAAAGAGCCCUCGCCUAAGCCGCAACACUUAAGUAAAACGGGUGUUGUUACCACUUCUUAUGUGCAGGAGACUACACCAAUUAAUAAGACUUAUGUAGAGCCAGAGGAAAUUGAUUUGGUGGAGGAGGAGGAUUUUGUAGUACAAGAAGAGCCGGUUAAGAAAACCGUGGUGAGCAGUGCUCCCAAACUCAGCUAUGUGCCAGUGUCCGAACCCAAGGUCACUACCACUGCACCUUUGGCUGCAAGUCUCAGUUCCAGUACACGUUAUAGUUCUAUGGAUUCCUAUAGCUACAAUAAAAAACACACUAAUUAUUUGUCUUCGACUAAUGUACGCAAAAGUUAUAUACCACCCUCCAAUGUUUACAAUAAACCCUCUAUAGGGUCACAAUAUGCUCAGUCCUAUGAAGCUGAACUACAAGAUGAUGACGAAGACUAUGAGGACGAGGAAGAAGAAGAAGUUGUUUUGGUAGAAGAAUCACCCGUUAAGGAGCUAGAAACACCUUUUCUCAGUCAAUUUGCUCGUAAUUUGGAAACUCUUAAGGCCACCCCUUUACGUCAAACCAUGGGACCCACCAAACUAUCACCACCCAAAUCAUCUCUACGCAAUCGUGAUAAUGCCUACUCACGACGCACUAUAGGCACCCCCUCCAGCAACAUUAAUCCCAGGCGUACCCUGAAAUCUACCCAUCAGCCAGAGGACUCGGCAUUUCGCCAAUUCAUUUUGGCCAUGGAGGAGAAAUAUCAUUUGAAACACUCUUUAAUCUUAAUCUCUAUAUUUAUAUUGGCCGUUUUCAUUUAUGUUUUCUUUAUACAAAGUGUUUAAUUUAUGUCUUUUACGUAUUUUUGUGAAUUUAAAGACUAUUUUUUUAAGUAUUUCAUAAUCUCAUACAUAUUUCACAAGA